AUGAGUGCAACACUUGAGGAUUCACAUUUGUUUUUAUCUGAAGGUUCUCAACAUCCCUCUCCUCCCGGCCUCAGAAGCAAGGAAUUUCAAUUCGAGGACUUAUGCUUAAGCGCCCGCAAUAAGGCAACGGUGAACAGGGCUAGGUAUGUAUCCACAGUAACUACCGUUAGUUUGAGUGGCUCACGCCGUAGUUUUGUCUGCUUCCAUCAUAAGAGACCGGUCUCUUCCAGUGGAAUAAAAGACGACACGCACAGCUGGAAGUGGGCCCUGAAAAUUGAGAAGGCACUCUGCAAAGACGUUAGCUAG